CACGUACGUAGGCACGCACGGCCCACCCGCGGGCGGGGGGGGGGGAGAGGAGUGGAGAGAUCGGAGACGCCCCGCCCCGUGAGCUAGGUUGCGCGUGCUCCGUGCGACCGCCAAGAUGGUGGUGGGCGCAUUCCCGAUGGCGAAGCUGUUCUACCUGGGCAUCCGGCAGGUCAGUAAGCCGCUUGCCAACCGAAUUAAGGACGCCGCUCGCCGAAGUGAGUUCUUCAAGACCUACGUCUGCCUUCCGCCAGCUCAGCUGUACCACUGGGUGGAGAUGCGGACCAAGAUGCGCAUCAUGGGCUUCCGCGGCACGGCCAUCAAGCCGCUGAACGAGGAGGCGGCCGCCGAGCUGGGCGCCGAGCUGCUGGGCGAGGCCACCAUCUUCGUGGUGGGCGGCGGCUGCCUGGUGCUCGAGUACUGGCGCCAGCAGACGCAGCAGCACCGCAAGGAGGAGGAGCGGCGCGCGGCCUGGGAGGCGCUGCGGGUGGAGGUGGGCCGCCUGGGGCUGGCGCUGGAGACGCUGCAGGCGCAGGCGCGGGAGGCGGCGCCGCGGGCCGCGCUGGACGAGCUGAGGGCGGAGCUACAGGAGGUGCACGCCCACCUCUGCCACGCCCACCCCGCCCGAGAUCCUGCCUGCAACUGCCCCGCCCACCAAGACCACGCCCGCCCCGCCGCCCAACCCCACGCCUGCACGGAGAAGUAGGACUUGGAUGUGGCCAGACUUGGAUGUGGCUGCUUGGGCCCCCAUGCUGUCUUCUCCCCCUCGUCCCUGCCUGUGCCGGCCCAGAGGAAUACACCGGAUCGGAUCGCAAUCCAUUGGAUCAGGAUGCACCUUUAGCCUUCAGGCACCCCACUCUCCCCACGGACAGGGGCUGCCUCACCUGGGACCUUCUCAGCCAGUGGAGCCAUCCUGCGCACACGCCCUCCAACUGAGGCCCACAGUGUUCAUCCCCCACCCAGGCCAGCCCGCGGCCCGCAGGUGAUCACCAUCAACCUCCUCUGAGGUAUCAGAAUGAAGCCAGGGCUUGAGCCAGUCGUCUGGCUGCCACUCACAGGACCCUUACUUCCGGGAAUGGCCUGGACUUCUUAGCUCUUCUGGGACAGGGGAAAAAGGAUGGGUUCAAUUCAUCCUGUCUCCCGCAUGGCCAGGUCCCAGUUCCUUCCCCUGAGACCUGAGAGACCCCCCCGCCAGUGUCCAUUCCUCCUCUAGUCUGUGCCACAGCUGUGUAGUGUCAGCCUCCCUCCACAGUGGAGAAUGAUUCAGUCUGGUCUGCAGCCUCAA